UAAAACCAACAACAACUACAAACCUUGCGCAACUACUUCAUCGCACUGUUUUUGUGUAGUAACUUUUUUGGAAACAAUUUCGAUUGCUUUUUGUGUUCAGUGAAUAGAAAAAUAACUGCAUAAAUAUUUUUUACGAAAAUUCCAUUUUUAUUUCCAAACUCGAUUUGAUUUUGUGUCUGAUUUUUGUGAAAAUUUUUGUUUGUUCUCUUUUAUUCGUGAAGCGGUGCAUAAAUUCUAUACCAAAUCGACCAUCAUACGACAACAAUAGACAUAAGCAAUACAACAACAACCGCAAUAACCCAUUUAAAUACAAAGUCGGGCGGUCUGACUGACGUAGUAGACCCACGAUUACACCGAAAUUAGAGAAUGUCAUUGAAGCUGAAAUAAAAUGUUUGUGAGAAACCUGACCACAAGUGUUAGUGUAAAAUUUUGUGCUAAGAAAUUAUAUAUGUGUGUCUGCGGACAGGAAAAAAAUUUGUGUGCUCCGAAAGUGAACCGUAUCGAGCGACCCAGCGAUUACGUAUCGAACGAACGACGAUUCACCCUUUAUAUGUAAAACCCAACUAAACAUAAUUACUUGAAACAAAAGUAAAGUGCUUCGAUAUCACAGCUAUGACUGAAGAAAAUAAUAGCAAAAACGCCAAUAAGAACAGCCAGAAGGUGGACGACAGUGGCGGCGGUGGUGGUGUCUGUAUGAAUAGCCGCCUAGGUGAGACAUACACCGAUGCGGUGACCAUGAAGCUAAAUGCUGGGCUGGAAGUAAAUAAGAAGCUGGCGCCCAUACUCACCAUCAACUCCGACACGGAGGAGGGCUUCCUUUCGACGUCGCCGGACAGUAACCAGGGCGAGCAAUCGCUUCAUGGCAAAUGCAAUGGCAGCAGUAGCACCACACUAAACGCCACUACGGGAUCGACAAACGCAGUGGUGCCGAUGCCACCGCCCGUUUGUCUCUGCACGAAUCCGGAGAACUGUGUGACGUUGAAGGAAAUUUUGGAUUCAUUCAAAUCACCGCUGUCCGAGGAGCAGGCCUGGGCGCUGCUGUACCAAUUCAUGGUGCUCUAUCGGCAGGUGGCUGCUGCUGGGCACAGGCACAUCUUCAACGAUCUGGAGAUACCAGAGGGUAUUGAGAAUUUGAACUUGCAUCGCGACGGUGCAGUGCAUUGCUCGUGGUCCGAUGAGGAACGCAAAGAGAGGGAGCAGAAAAUACAGCAACAGCAGCAGCACAAAAAAGCUGCUGAAGAACAUGAGGCGGUCACGGAGACGCAUGGUGAUGAUAAUCACGCGCUUCUGGUGGCUUCACAUAAAAAGAUUCUACGCAAAGUCGCAGUGAUCGUGUACACCGCCUUGGACUACAACCUGACAGUGGAUGAACAGUGUCAAAUGUCACAUGAGCUGGAGGAACUGAUCGCUAUCAUGACAGCAGAAGAAAACGAUGAUGACUGCAUCGAUGAGGGCAUUGAUGAGGGCCACCAACGUUGGGAUGAUGAAGGCGAUGAUGAGAAGUGGAAUGAAACCAAAGAAUUUGAUUUUGUGCUUGAGGCCUGUAAAAAUCACGUUAAGCCCACUGUACCUGAGGAGCAUUACAAGGCGGUCUGUCGUGCGCUGGUUACGGAAACAAUCGAGCUGCGGAUAUUCCUGCAGCAGGUCUUGAACGAUGGUGCCGACAAUCUCCACUUAGAAGCCGGUUCACAAACAUCAAAACAGGAACUGGCCAAACUGGGCUUCAAUGAUUGGGCACGUUUCUGGGUUCAGGUGAUCGAUGAACUACGGCGCGGUGUUCGUCUGAAGAAAAACAAUUAUUCCCGCACACCCAUCGAGUACGAGUUGACUCCGUAUGAGAUACUCAUGGAGGACAUACGAUCCAAAAAGUACCAGCUGCGCAAAGUGAUGGUGAACGGUGAUAUUCCGCCACGCGUGAAGAAAGAUGCCCACGCCAUGAUAUUGGAGUUCAUCAGGUCACGGCCGCCACUCAAAAAGGCGUCCGAACGUAAACUACCGCCACCCAUUAAACGCACACCAUCGCCGCGCGAACAACUCAUGGACUCGAUACGAAAGGGACAAACACUGAAGCACAUACAACCGCCAACACCACCCCGACUCAAGGAUCGAUUGCUCCCACCAACCACAACACUAAUGACAACAACAACGUCAGCAACAACACUGAACCAUUCAUCAUCGUCUGCAACAUUAAAAUCCGCAGCAGCAGUAACAACAACAGCGCCAGCACAUGCAACGGUGAAUGCACUGAAAUUAACGGAGAACUUGGAACCGCAUCUGACGCCGCGCUCCAAGCAGCGGCUAAUCAAAGUGGAUUUCUCGCUGCUGCAGGACGAUGACAAUUUCUUUGAUGAGCCGUCGUCAACUGUCAGAUACGGCAACUGUCACAGCGCACAUGUCGGGAUCUGCUCGCAGCCACAAAUGCCUCCCUACCCGAUCGGCGGCUAUAUGACGCUGGGUGCUGGCUAUGGUGGGCCAGCGAGCGCCGUGUCCAAUGCCAACGUGAAAGCACACGGACCAACAGCGCAGUUGCCGUCAGCGCUGACUUCGCGGGUGCUACGACGAACAAAGGACUCGUACACCGAGGAUGAGUACCAUAGGUUCUUCGACAACGCGCUGGAAUCUUACGAUCUCGCCACACAAUGCGAGUCGAGACGCGCCUCGUUACGUCGCCACACGAUCGUCGGCUGUCAGAGCAACUUCGACGAGACUCAUUCCAUGCCGCCAUCGAGGCCCGAAUCACGGCAGUCGGAUGUGAGUUCUGUCGCUGCUCCGGGCGACGGCGCAGACACAGUUGCUGGCACAACCAAACAGCUACACAACAAUUACAAUCAAAAGCAACAACAACAUCUGAAGCGCUCCCAAAGUCCUGGUACAGGAGGCAGCCACAGCACACGUGCCGGCGGCGAGAGCAGCGGUUGCAGCCGUUCGUCAUCCUCAGUUGGCCCAUGGAGCAAGUCCUUUCUUGAUGAGAAAACUUGGAUCGAACGCGGUGACGAUCGUCUCUCGUUGACGCUGGAGGAGAUCGUGCACAUACGUUCGGUGAUGACGAAGGCCGAACUGGAAGGACUGCCUGUGGGUGUGCGUGUCAAGGAGGAUGUCGAAAAGCGCAAAGUCUGCUUCCUGUGCCUACGUACACGUUUCUCCAUAUUCGGGCCUUGGGGCAUACAAUGCAAAUUGUGCCAACGCACGGUCUGUUCCAAAUGCUAUACGAAGAUGAGAAUACCAACGGAGCAUUUCCGCAAUGUGCCGCUUGUCCUGAUUUCACCCUCAUUGCUUGCCAGUCCGGCUGGCUCCAGCACGCCAUCACCAUCGCAUCACGCUCACCACACACACUCGUCUUCGACAGGCAACAUAUUGGACGAGACAUUCCCAAAAUCGUUAAUUGAGCGUCUGUUGCGUUCCGAGUCAGAGCGUAAGACUCGCAAUACGGUGGGUAGCGCUCCAUCAUCGCCCAAACACCAAAGAUCCAACACCAGUACACCUGGCACCAGCCACAUCAUGGCCACACGUUCGGGUACCUGUGCUACUGGACAAGCCAUCGAGGCGGACGAUGCUUCCGCAGUGACGUCUUCUUAUAACAGUAAUCUAGCAAAUGGCUCUAACAGUAAUAUGUACGCCAAUAACAACAAACACAUCAACAUAAUGUCACGCAGCGUGGAGGGACCACGCAGUUUGCCUGCCAACAGUCCUGCGCGCGCGCAUUCCAACAGCAGCACUUUGGACCGGAAAACGAAAUUUUCUCGAGCCUUCACACUCUCCGCUUCGGGCACGCAACUCAGCCAGGAGCAGAAGGAGAAUAUGCGCGGAGAGCUGGUCACCGUUUGCAACGACUGCAAGGGUCUUGUCAUGGAGAUCACGCGCUCAUCCAAGCAGACGCGCUCCUCAGCGCGCAACCGCGCUCUGCAAAACCUCACGCUCGACCUCUCCCCGGUCUACAAGUGAAAAGGAGCCCCCAGGCGCGGCAACAAGCCGGCCUUGCGAAACACGAACAGGCCGUAAUCGCCGAAAACAGCUGAAUUUGAAAUAAACGCUGUUGUCGCUGCACACGCGGUUGAUUAUAACUAAGUCCUACUGCACUUCCAAAUCACUCUUCCCUUGAAAGCGUAAUUUUACAUAGACAUACGAACACUUUCUGGGCCGACGCCUACUCACGCCGCGCCGGAAAGUGUGCACCACUGUUUGUAAAUAAACAACAACUAAGCAAUUUAUUGAAAUGUUCGAACUAAGUUUUUAAACAACAAUAAGAAAAGGCGGAGGCAGCGCUCCGUGUUGAAAUGUUUGAUGAAAAUUAUUAUGUUCCAAGAAUGCACCCCACCAUUACAUUGUAAAAAAUAAGAAACUUAUUGAUGUUCGAAAAAGGUAGAUAUGUAUGUGCAGACCUGCAAUUAGCGCGCUUAUAAGUGAUUAAUUUGCUUUUGAUUUGAGUCUUGCGCAAGCGUUCUUGGAGGAGUCGCGCUCCGAAACCGCUUACAGCUUCGCGGAGUACGUAGCUAGGCAAGGCGCAACACAAGSCAAGCGCUUUCSCUGUYGACUGCCUUGCGUAUUAGUGUAUCAACUGUUUGGAACGAAAAYGCAGCGUAAAUUUGCUUUAAACUUUGAUACGAUCGCCAAGUUUCUUUUAGUUAGUUUUAUUUAUUUAUUCAAAUUCGUUUGCAAAGCUUUCUUUCUUGUUUUACUUCAUAGAAUUAUAGAAUUUAGGCGCGGCGUUGCUGGAACUUUCCCUUCCGUUGCGGUCACACACCGACAAUGUUUCUUUUUUUUUAUAAAUAUUUCAUUUUGUGAUACGGAGGAGUACUCUUUCCACCUUUCUGAUUAUAAUUCUUCAAAUUAAUACUUUUUACGCACGAUUUUCAUUGCCCCCCCAAAACAUGAAAAAUCAUGAAUAUGGUUGUGUGAGAACUUGUACAAAAACAACUGAUUUCUAUUUGUUAUUCGGACUUUCUUUGUGUGUUUUUUUUUUUCAUUUUUGUUUUUGUUUUGUGUUUGCAUUUUCAAUUCAUUGAGAAUUACAUAUAUUUAACGCUAAGAUUAUAAUUUUUCCUUUUGUUUUGUUUUCCUUUUUUUGACAUGACAUCUGCUCUUCAAGUAAAACUAAUGUUUGUAUACACACGUGAUAAUGCUACGAACACUUACCAAUAACUGUACUAUUAAAAUAUUAACCUUAACAUUUAGUUUUAAACGUAACAAAAAGGUCAAUGCACAUUUACCGUUUUCACAACCAAACAAUUUAAACAUAAUUUGUACUAUACACUUUAUAAUAUUGAUCGCAUAAUUUAAUAUACUGCGUUUAG